AUGAAAUAUUUAUUUAAAAUUAUAAAAUGUUUAGGGCGAAGUCGAAAAAGCAGUCCUUCCUCCAUCUUUCCAUAUUCUGAACAUAAAUGGCGGAUUGCUCUCCUCCUCCUCCUUCCUUCUUCAAGAUCUUGCUCGACCCAUCUGCUUCUCACCUGCCAUUGCCACAUGCUUUUGUGAGCAAACACAAGAUCCCUAAAAACCCAACACUUCAAAUUGCAACAGGAGGGUAUUCAUGGCGAUUGACAAUUGAACGAAUUGGUAAAGCUUAUUGUUUCGGCCAUGGAUGGAAGAAUGUUGUUGAAGAUGCCCAGUUGGGUUUUGGGGAUUUUCUUGUUUUUAAGUUGGUUCAUCAAUCCACCUUCAUAGUUUCAGUCUUUGCUCCAAAUGGGUGUGAAAGAUUUUUGCCCUCCUCAAAAAUCAAGGUUGAAGAUGAUGUUGAUGUUGAUGUUGAUGUUGUUGAUGAUGAUGAUGAUAGUAACGAUGGUAUUGUUUACGAAGGUGGUGGUGAUGAAGAUGAUGAUGAAGAAGAAGAAGAAGAAGAUAAUGAUGAUGAUGAUAGUGAAGAAGAAGAAGAAGAAGAAGAUGAUGAUGAUGAUAGUGGCAGUGGUGGCGACGGCGACGGUGGUGAUGAUGAUGAUGAUGAUGGUGAUGGUGGUAUCGAUGGAGAUGAUGGUGAUCCUUUCUUUAUGACGAUUAUUUCAAAAACCCACAACAAUCUUUUGCGGCUUCCAUCGGAAUUUGUUGAGUUGGCCGGAAUCGGUAAUCAAAGCACGAUAACAUUGAAGAAUCUUGACGAACAUGAGUGGCGAUUAGGCAUCCGGUCGGAGAAAAUAGCCCGGACGGCAAGAUACCAUUUGUCGCCGGGAUGGCAGGAUUUCCGGCGAAGUAAUGAGUUAUCAGAAGGAGAUGAAUGUGUAUUCAAGUACAUCAAAAGUGAAGGGAAGUUAUCACUAGUAAAAAUCACCAAGAAAAAACCGAUGGCCAGACAGUCACCAGUCAAAAUUCCGGCGACGGAAGUGGUCAAGAGGAAGAGAGGCCGGCCUGUAGUGAAAGUGAAUGCGGUGGCCAGACAACCACCGGCGAAAACUCCGGCGAAGAAAGUGGUCAAAAGGAAGAGAGGGCGACCGUUUAAAAACCGUCGUCCGGUGGAUGUCCAAAGCGGAGAUGAUUGUGUGGAGGUGGUGCAAAGAAGACCAUCAAAGAAAUCUAGGGUUAUCUAUUUUUGAAUCUUUUUUGUUUUU